AUGGAUUCAAGGGAUCCAUUGAAUCCUUAUAGUCAGUCUCCUUGUUCUAGUUUCGUCGGCUUUCUUAACAGCCAGACCUUUCCUUAUGAAAGUUAUGGUUCUCCUCAUCACUUUGGAGCAUCAGACAUCCCUGCUUUUAGUGAACAGCCGCGAAAUCCUCCAGUUGCACCCGAAAACCCACCUGUUGCCUCUAGGGAGCGAAGGAACUGGACUCCAGCCGAUGACAAGGUGUUAAUAAGUGGAUGGCUAAACACAUCUAAGGAUGCUGUUGUUGGCGUUGAUCAAAAUAAAGGGACAUUAUGGAAACGAGUUGGUGAGUUCUAUGAGUCAAGUCCUCAUGCUAAAGCUAGUGGUGAUAAUCGUGAGCAUCUCAACUGUAAGCAGAGGUGGCACAAGAUCAAUGACUACACGAAAAAAUUCUGUGCUGCAUACGCUGCAGCUGAGAGACAGAAGAGUUCUGGUCAGAAUGACAAUGAUCUGCUCAAGCUGGCCAAAGACAUCUACUUUGCGGAUCACGGGAAAAAAUUCACUCUUGACCAUGCUUGGUGUGUGUUGAGUUAUGAGCAGAAAUGGCUCAGCCUUAACACUCCUAAGCCUGCUGGGAAUUCAAAGCGAAAAGAGACAUGUUCUCAAGCUUCAAGCAGCUCCGUUGGUGAUCCUGAGGUCCGUCCUGAAGGAAUCAAGGCGGCGAAGGCUAAAAAGAAGAAUUCCGCACCAUUAAGGUCUCUGUCGGAGUGUCAGACCGUUUGGGAGAUGAAGAAGGAGGAUCUCUUGAUGAGGAAGGAGGAUCUCUUGAUCAAGGAGAGACUAACAAAGCUUGCGAUUCUUGACACACUUCUAGCCAAGAAAGAUCCUCUUACUGAGCCUGAAGAAGCAACUAAGAAUAAGCUGCUGGCUUUGAUCUAA